AUGGCGGAAAUAUACAACACAGACCGCUUCGCAGAGCUUUAUUACCCAUCGAAUACAGCCGACCUCCUGCACCUGGGUCUCGCAGCUAGGUUCAUUGCGGGGCUCUUCGAGGCCAAUCAGGUCACUUAUGCCUUCAUCGGGGGAUGGGCUGUCUACCUACGCGGUGGACGCCGCCGAACCCAGGAUAUUGAUAUUACGGUAGCCACCUCGAUGGCCAAUUUGAAGCAGGUCUUGACUGCGCAGCCUCGGUAUUUUGACAACUCUUUCUCACAUGACCCCCCUCUCGCAUCUCCCUUUCGCGGCAUGAUUUCGCUUCUCGAUUCGAUUCGAUCAAGGGACCCAUGA